AUGUCAGAGCUGGGACAUGGAUCAGGGAUUCAGGGUCUUGGUAUGGCUAUUUACUGGAAGCAUGAUCUAUCUCUUCUAUGGCCGAUCUCACAGCUUACUGAACAAUGUGGUUUACGUUCCAACGACGACUUGAACCAGAAAACAACAGAUCAUCUUGCUUAA